AUGGGUUUCGGUACUGUUACUAAUUACUUUUACUCCCUUUUCCAAAAAAUAGAUAAAGCAGUUUUUCCUGGCAACCAGGGCGGAUCUAACCCUGCGAUUAUUGCCGCCAAGGCUCAAUGUUUUUACGAGGCUUUACAACCGAACUUCAAAAACUAUCAAAAAAAAGUACUAGAAAAUGCCAAAGUUAUGGUUGACUAUUUUUUGGAAAAGGGAGUAAAA